CACUCCUCAAAUCAUUGCAGUAACAACCCAACACAUUAGAAACAAGGCACACAGGAAAAGAAGUUGGUUAUAGACUAAGCUAUGGCUAAGAUUAUCAGAUUAGCCAUUCUAGCCGUAGCACUUUUUGCUUUCCUACAAACCACAGUUGCUGUGACUACACAUGUGGUUGGAGACAGCACAGGGUGGACGGUUCCUCCUAAUAACGACUUAACCUUUUAUGCUGUUUGGGCUGCGAAGCAAACCUUCAUUCUUGGCGACAUUCUGCUUUUCAACUUCACUACUGGACAAGAAGAUGUAGCCAGAGUUACGAAGGAAGCUUUCUUAAUCUGCAAUUCAACAAACCCCAUCUCUCUUAUAACAGCCGGGCCAGCAAAUUACUCGUUGAACUCGACCGGCGAGUACUACUUCAUAGGCACCUUGAACAACAACUGUGCUCAGGGACAAAGGCUUGCAAUCAACGUGACCACAUCUCCUGGACCAACUGCUAGUCCUGUUCCCAGAGCAAUACCAGAGAAUUAUACAGUCGGUGGUAACAUGGGAUGGAUCAUCCCACCACUUGGUGAAAUUGCUUAUAUUACUUGGGCUUACAACAAGACUUACAUCGUCGGAGACACUCUAGUGUUCAACUUUUUGAAUGGAUCAGAUGACGUUGCCUCGGUGACCAAAGAAGCUUAUAACAGCUGCAACUUGAGCACAAGUCUAGCACUUUAUAACAAUAGUCCUGCAUAUAUCACCCUCAAGACCACCGGCGAGUAUUUCUUCACCAGCACCUAUCAAUACCACUGCGCCUUGGGUCAAAAACUAGCCAUUAACGUCACUGGCUCCGGCACCGCCUAUCCACCUUCCAGCUCCGCCAACUCUCCUUCAGGUUCACAUGGUCCCACCGCUUCUCCUCCAUCAGGGAGUACUAGUGCUGCCCCGUCCAGGAUUUCCGGUGGUUAUUUAUUCGGCCUCUUGACCAUUGCCAUGGUUGUAUUUUAUUGAUUUUUACCAGUUCAUGGUUUGAGUAUGGUUGACUUUGUUCUUUGUUAUUUUGUAUAUUUACGAUCGUAUCAUAUGUUUUAUACAUGUACACUUUGAGGAUGUACUAUCCAUUCUAUUCAGUUUAUACUUUAAAUAAAGAUUCUGUUUGUCU